GGUUUCCUGUAGGCUCCGGCUUGGCGGGCGCAGGAGCCAGAGCAGCGUGUGCGGGAGCGGGCGCCCGGUGGCAGGUUGAUGAAGAGGGAGUGCUGUGACCCCGUGCCUGUGACAGUCAUUUCAGGGCCCCGGCGCGGGCUGUGAGCGCGGCCCGCGGUGCCGGCCGCCCCGCCGCGCCGCACGGAGCAUGCCUCUGAGCCCCGCCGGCAGCCAGCAUGACAGCCCGGAGUCGCCGCCGCCGGAGCGACAGCCCCGCGCCGCCGCCGGGGAGCCGGGCGCCGGCCUGCGGGAGGAGACGCGGCUCGACCCGGCCCGGGGCGCCGCCGGGCCCCGCUCCCCCAAGCUGGCGGCCCCGGCGCGCAUGGAGGAGCCCGCGCCCGGCGCCAUCGUCGUCCGCAUCGGCAUCCCCGACCUCCAGCAGACGAAGUGUCUGCGGCUGAAUCCGGACGUUCCCGUGUGGGUGUCCAAGCAGCGCAUCCUCUGCACGUUGAACCACAGCCUGAAGGAUGUUCUCAACUACGGGCUCUUCCAGCCAGCCUUCAACGGCAGGGCUGGCAAGUUCCUGGAUGAGGAGCGCCUGCUGAGGGAGUACCCCCUCAAUCCAGACACUCCUGUCCCCUACUUGGAGUUCCGGUACAAGCGGCGUGUGUACACCCAGGCCCUGCUGGACGACAAGCAGUUUGCCAAGCUCCACACAAAGGCAAACCUGAAGAAGUUCAUGGAGUACGUGCAGAUGCUGAACGUGGAGAAGGUCUGCAGGCUGCUGGAGAAGGGACUGGACCCCAACUUCCAUGACCCAGACACCGGAGAGUGUCCGCUGACGGCAGCAGCGCAGCUGGAGCUCAGCAGUGAGAUGAUCAAGGCUCUGCGCAACGGGGGAGCUCACCUGGACUUCCGCACGCGCGAGGGGAUGACGGCUCUGCACCGCGCCGUGCGCUGCCGCAACCACGCCGCGCUCACGACGCUGCUGGACCUGGGUGCGUCCCCGGACUACAAGGACAGCCGUGGUCUGACGCCCCUGUACCACAGCGCCAUGGUGGGGGGGGACCCCUACUGCUGCGAGCUGCUGCUGCACGACUACGCCCGGCUCGGCUGCGUGGAUGAGAACGGCUGGCAGGAGAUCCAUCAGGCGUGUCGCUACGGCCACGUCCAGCACCUGGAGCACCUCCUGUUCUACGGGGCCGACAUGACUGCACAGAAUGCCUCAGGAAACACUGCUCUCCAUAUCUGUGCUCUCUACAACCAGGAGAGCUGCGCUCGGGUUCUCCUCUUCCGCGGUGCCAGCAAAGAGAUUCGCAACUACAACAGCCAGACAGCGUUCCAGGUGGCCAUCAUUGCAGGAAAUUUUGAAUUGGCUGAAAUCAUCAAAACCCACAAAGAGUCUGAUGUUGUGCCUUUCAGAGAAACCCCCAGCUACACCAAGCGCAGACGCAUCCUGGGCGCCGGCGGCCUCUCCACGCCGCGCGUGCUGCAGCGCUCGGCCAGCGACAACAACCUGAAGGCGGAGAGCCGGGCGUCGUACUCGCCGGUGCCCUCGCUGCGCAGCCUGCCCCCGCAGCUGCUGGCACAGAUGCAGGAGGCGGCCGCAGGGGCCGCGGCAGGCGACGGCGGCCUGGCCGGCUCCGGCAGCGCCCGCGGCGCCCACAGCCGCUCCCCGUCCCUGCAGCGGGUGCAGGAGGAGAAGGAGGCCGACCUGCCCACGCUCCGGAGGAGCAGCCGUGGCAAGGCCAGCCCCGGCGGCCCGGCGGGGCCCCCCGGCCCCGGCGCCGAGCCCGCGCCGCACGCCGCGCCCGCCCCGCUGCGCGGGCCCAAGCGGAAGCUGUACAGCGCCGUGCCCGGCCGCAAGUUCAUCGUGGUGAAGAGCUACGCGCCGCAGGGCGACGGCGAGAUCCAGCUCAACCGGGGCGAAGCCGUCAAGGUGCUGAGCAUCGGCGAAGGCGGCUUCUGGGAGGGCACGGUGAAGGGAAGGACCGGCUGGUUCCCGGCAGAAUGCGUGGAGGAGGUGCAGAUGCGGCAGUACGACCCUCGGCAAGAAACCAGAGAAGACAGAACAAAGCGUCUGUUCCGACACUAUACUGUGGGCUCCUACGACAACUUCACCUCUCACAGUGACUACAUCAUCGAGGAGAAGACGGCCGUGCUGCAGAAGAGGGAGCAUGAGGGAUUCGGGUUUGUGUUGCGAGGGGCCAAAGCCGAGACCCCAAUCGAGGAGUUCACGCCAACGCCAGCCUUCCCAGCGCUGCAGUACCUGGAGUCCGUGGAUGUGGAGGGAGUUGCCUGGCGAGCUGGGCUGCGCACGGGGGACUUUCUGAUCGAGGUGAAUGGUGUCAACGUGGUGAAGGUGGGGCACAAGCAGGUGGUCUCCUUGAUCCGGCAGGGGGGGAACCACCUGGUGAUGAAAGUUGUCUCCGUCAGCCGCAAGCCAGAAUCGGAAGAAGUCGUCCGGAAGAAGGCUCCGCCGCCUCCCAAGAGAGCGCCCAGCACCACCCUGACGCUGCGAUCCAAGUCCAUGACGGCCGAGCUGGAGGAGCUGGAGAAGCUGGAUGAGAUCUUGGCAGCAGCAGAGCCGGUGCUCAGAGCAGACCUUGUCGAGGCGGAUUCUCGCGCAGCCACUGUGAAGCAACGACCGACGAGCCGGCGCAUCACGCCAGCAGAGAUCAGUUCGCUGUUCGAGCGCCAGGGCAUGGCCACGCACUCGGGGGUCCUGGCGGGCGCCGACAAGCCCCACGUGUCCCUGCGCAAAGGAAUCCCACGGACCAAGUCUGUAGGUGAAGACGAGAAACUCGCAGCUUCUUUGCUGGACGGGAAGUUUCCCCGGAGCACGUCGAUGCAAGACACCGUUAGGGAAGGACACGGGAUUCCACCCCCGCCCCAAACAGCCCCUCCCCCGCCUCCUUCUCCAUAUUACUUCGACACAGGCCCCCCUCCAUCCUUCUCGCCCCCUCCGCCCCCGGGAAGAGCCUACGACACCAUAAGGUCGAGCUUUAAGCCGAGCCUGGAGGCGAAGCUGCACGGGCUGCCGCAGGUCAUCAGCGCGGCCGAGAUGUACGACCAGGCCAGGACUUCCAUCCCUUACCCCGAAAGGCAGAAGAGGGCCCGCUCCAUGAUAAUCCUGCAGGACUCCUCCCACCUUCCCGUGGAGCCCACGGAGAUCCCCCGGCCCGGCCCGUCCGCGACCCCUCCGGAGAAGCUGAAGAGGAAGGGGAGGGUGAUCGACAACCCCUACGCCAACAUGGGCCAGUUCAACGUCAGCCUGUUCGCUCCCACCAAGCCGCAGAGGAAGAAGAGCCCCCUGGUGAAGCAGCUGCAAGUGGAGGACGCUCAGGAGAGAGCGGCGCUGGCCAUCACGGGGGGCUUCACCAGGGAGCCGUCCCCCACGCGCAGGAGCCAUCGCCUGAGCGGGGUGGAGUAUCAGCACCACGCCGGCAUCGCUCAGGUGGAAGCAACGAGCAUCCCCUUCGCCACCGCCAUCGCCGGGGUCAUGAAGGACAGAGACCGUCGUCUGGACGAGAGGCGGAAAUCCACCGUCUUCCUGUCGGUCGGGGCCAUCGAGGGCAGCCCCCCCAGCAGCGACAUGCCGUCCCUGCAGCAGUCCAGGUCCAUCGACGAGCGGCUCUUGGGAAGCCGAGACGUGCUGCUGCCUUCCCCCGUCUCAGCUUUAAAGCCAUUAAUCAGCAGCUCGUCCUCAACCUUCAUCCACCCCCUGACGGGAAAGCCCCUGGACCCGAACUCGCCCCUGGCGCUUGCGCUGGCCGCAAGGGAACGGGCCCUCUCCAGUCAAGUCCCGUCCCGGUCGCCCACCCCGAUCCACAGCCCGGACUCGGACAGAGCAGCACCCCUGUUUGUGGACAUCCAAACCAAAGAACCGGAGAGGGGGGAGUUGGAGGGCUUGGUGUCCCCCGCGUACUCGCCCGGAGGCAAAGGGGCCGUCGGAACCGACUCGGGGGCUCUGGCCCCCGCCAAGAGCCCGUGGGGGACCCCGUCCACGCUGAGGAAAGACACCGAGGCGAGGGCAGAAGCGCCCGGGAAGGAGGAGAAGAAACAAGAAGACAAGAAGUCCAUGAUUAUCAGCAUAGUGGAUACGUCGCAGCAGAAGACCGCCGGGCUCAUCAUGGUUCACGCCACAAGCAAUGGCCAAGACGAGAUCGGACUCGAGGUAAAAGAGGAGAAGGCGGCCGUCCCCGAGGCGUGCACCGAGCCGGCCGAGGCCCCCGCGGCAGAGCCGCAGCCCAGCCCCGCGGCGAAGCCCCCGGUCAGCCCGGCCUCUGACAAGACGCUGGGGCAGGGGAGCUCGGAGGAAGAAGUGGAGCCCUACGCCGUCACCCUCCCGCCGGCUCAGUUGUCUUCGAGCGACGAAGAGACCAGGGAGGAGCUGGCCAAGAUUGGGCUGGUGCCUCCACCAGAUGAGUUUGCCAACGGGGUGCUGGUGACCACCCCCGGCACCCCGGUCAGCCACCUGGCUACGCCCAGCACGCCAUCCGUACCGGCGGCAGCGGUAGCACCUUCUGCCGCCGGCGGAACACCCUCAGGGAAGCCCUCUGACGCCCCCGUAGCCCCAGAGUCUGCUGCAGACUCGGGAGUGGAAGAGGUGGACACCAGAAGUUCAAGCGACCAUCACCUGGAGACCACAAGCACCAUCUCGACGGUCUCCAGCAUGUCGACGUUGUCCUCGGAGAGCGGGGAGCCCACCGACACCUACACUUCCUUUGCGGAUGGACAAACUUUUAUACUCGAGAAGCCACCAGUGCCUCCAAAGCCAAAACUCAAGUCCCAGCUCAGCAAGGGGCCAGUUACUUUCAGGGACCCACUUUUGAAGCAGUCUUCGGACAGCGAGCUCAUCUCCCAGCAACAUGCGGCCACUCUGGCGUCUGCCAGCAUUGGCCGGCCACGCUACCUCUUUCAGAGAAGGUCCAAGCUAUGGGGGGACCCCAUGGAGAGCAGGCCCGUCCAUGGGGCUGACGACGACAAGCCAACUGUGAUCAGUGAGCUAAGUUCCCGACUACAGCAGCUGAACAAGGACACGCGGUCCCUGGGGGAGGAACCGGCCGGCUCCGCGUUGGAUCCCGGGAAGAAGUCGCCGGUGGUCGCGGCACGGAAGGGAGCUGUAAAUAGAGUGUUCAGUGAUGUCAGCCAGCCUCCCUCGCUGGGAACGCUCCUCUCUUGUGUGGAACCGCUGUGAAUUCAGACAGCAACCGAAAGGAGCUGUUAGGUAAGCUCAGAGCACCCCUCCCAGGGCAUGUGUGUCCAGUCCUGGGCCUUUCCUGAGAACAGGAUUACCCAGACCCCCACACCACACACCCCUAAGUCCUGCAGUGCCCUGCAGGCUGUCCCACUGCCCACAGGCAUCCCUGAGGGGCUGCACCCCCUGCCCAGGCUUUGUGACAACCCCCUUGCCCAGGUUUUGUGGCAGCCCCCUGCCCAGACUUUGUGGCAGCCCCCUCACCCAAGCUUCAUGGCAGCCCCCUGCCCAGGCUUUGUGGCAGCCCCCUGCCCAGGCUUUGUGACAACCCCCCUGCCCAGGCUUUGUGACAGCCCCCUGCCCAGGCUUUGUGACAGCCCCUUGCCCAGACUUUGUGGCAGCCCCCUGCCCAGACUUUGUGGCAGCCCCCUCGCCCAAGCUUCAUGGCAGCCCCUUGCCCAGGCUUUGUGGCAGCCCCUUGCCCAGCUUUUGUGGCAGCCCAUUGCCCAGGCUUUGUGGCAGCCCCUUGCCCAGGCUUUCUGGCAGCCCCCUGCCCAGGUUUUGUGGCAACCCCUUGCCCAGGCUUUGUGGCAGCCCCUUGCCCAGGCUUUGUGGCAGCCCCCUACCCAGGUUUUGUGGCAGCCCAUUGCCCAGGCUUUGUGGCAGCCCCUUGCCCAGGCUUUGUGGCAGCCCCCUGCCCAGGCUUUGUGGCAGCCCCCUACCCAGGUUUUGUGGCACCCCCUGCCCAGGCUUUGUGACAACCCCCUUGCCCAGGCUUUGUGGCAGCCCAUUGCCCAGGCUUUGUGGCAACCUCUUACCCAGGUUUUGUGGCAGCCCCCUGCCUAGGUUUUGUGGCAGCCCCUUGCUCAGGCUUUGUGGCAGCCCCUUGCCCAGGUUUUGUGGCAGCCCCCUACCCAGGUUUUGUGGCAGCCCCCUGCCCAGGUUUUGUGGCAGCCCCUUGCCCAGACUUUGUGGCAGCCCCCUCACCCAAGCUUCAUGGCAGCCCCCUGCCCAGGCUUUGUGGCAGCCCCCUGCCCAGGCUUUGUGACAACCCCCCUGCCCAGGCUUUGUGGCAGCCCCUUGCCCAGGCUUUGUGACAGCCCCCUGCCCAGGCUUUGUGACAGCCCCUUGCCCAGGCUUUGUGGCAGCCCCUUGCCCAGGUUUUGUGGCAACCCCUUGCCCACGCUUUGUGGCAGCCCCCUGCUCAGACUUUGUGGCAGCCCCCUGCCCAGACUUUGUGGCAGCCCCCUCGCCCAAGCUUCAUGGCAGCCCCUUGCCCAGGCUUUGUGGCAGCCCCUUGCCCAGCUUUUGUGGCAGCCCAUUGCCCAGGCUUUGUGGCAGCCCCUUGCCCAGUCUUUCUGGCAGCCCCCUGCCCAGGUUUUGUGGCAACCCCUUGCCCAGGCUUUGUGGCAGCCCCCUACCCAGGUUUUGUGGCAGCCCAUUGCCCAGGCUUUGUGGCAGCCCCUUGCCCAGGCUUUGUGGCAGCCCCCUGCCCAGGCUUUGUGGCAGCCCCUUGCUCAGGCUUUGUGGCAGCCCCCUACCCAGGUUUUGUGGCAGCCCCCUGCCUAGGUUUUGUGGCACCCCCUGCCCAGGCUUUGUGACAACCCCCUUGCCCAGGCUUUGUGGCAGCCCAUUGCCCAGGCUUUGUGGCAACCUCUUACCCAGGUUUUGUGGCAGCCCCCUGCCUAGGUUUUGUGGCAGCCCCUUGCUCAGGCUUUGUGGCAGCCCCUUGCCCAGGUUUUGUGGCAGCCCCCUACCCAGGUUUUGUGGCAGCCCCCUGCCCAGGUUUUGUGGCAGCCCCUUGCCCAGGUUUUGUGGCAGCCCCCCUGCCCAGACUUUGUGGCAGCCCCCUCACCCAAGCUUCAUGGCAGCCCCCUGCCCAGGCUUUGUGGCAGCCCCCUCGCCCAAGCUUCAUGGCAGCCCCCUGCCCAGGUUUUGUGGCAGCCCCUUGCCCAGGCUUUGUGGCAGCCCCCCGCCCCGGUGUUGUGGCAGAUCCCUUUGCCCAGACUUCAUGGCAGAGCCCCCUCGAGCCCCUCCACAGGCCCAUGGAGCCCUAAAGGGCUGUGCCCUGCCU